AUGGGUAACGAGGCCAGCCUGGAGGGGGGAGCCGGGGACGGGCUGCCGGCUGCGAGUGGCCCCAGCCCCAGCCCCAGCCCCGGCUACGGCCCCAGCCCUGGCCCCGCGGCGGGGAAGGCGCCUUCAGCACCAGGAAGCGGACAGCUCCCCUCAGCCGUCGCUGCGCGAGCGGCCACAGCCCAGCAGCCUCCGGGCCCCGGCCCCGGCCCCGGCUCUGGCCCCGGCCCCACCACCGACACGGCCAGAAGACUAGAUCCUAAGGAUCCCCUAGAUGGCCAGAGAGCAACUUCCCCCACUCCAAAGCAGGCUGCUGCUCAUAGCCAUGAAGGCCGCCGGCGGGAGAUGAGGACUCAUGGACAGGCUGGCCCACAGGUGGAUGGCCCCCAUCGGACACUCCAAGUGGACAGCAGGAUGCAGAGAACAGGCCGAUCUCCCUCAGUGUCUCCAGACCGAGGCAGCACCCCAACAUCACCUUAUUCAGUACCCCAAAUUGCACCCCUCCCAAGCAGUACCCUCUGUCCUAUAUGCAAGACAACAGAUCUCACCUCUUCUCCUAACCAGCCAAACUUCAACACCUGUACACAGUGUCACAACAAGGUCUGCAACCAGUGUGGAUUCAACCCCAACCCUCAUCUCACAGAGGUGAAAGAAUGGUUGUGUCUGAAUUGCCAGAUGCAGAGAGCUUUGGGGAUGGACAUGACCACUGCACCUCGUUCCAAAAGCCAGCAGCAGCUGUACUCACCUUCCCUUUCUCCUGCCCACUCCCCAGCCAAACACCCCAGCCCCAGCCCCCAACACAGGCCCAGGGGAAGCCUGAACCAGAGAAAAUCCCUGGAACAACACAGCCUGGGCUGCAACAGGGGCCUGGCGUCCAGCAGGCUGAAGUGCCCAGAACUCCUGUGGUGCCAGGGCAUCAAGGGAGUUACUCCAACCCCUGGGUCUGGGGCUCAAGAACAAGCCCAAGAGGGACUCACUGGGAAGCUUUUUGGCUUUGGGGCCUCUCUGCUGACCCAGGCCAGCACACUUAUGUCUGUCCAGCCAGAGGCCAGUCCACAAGGCCAGCCAUCUCCUGGCAAAGGGCCCCCCAAGAUAGUCUUCAGUGAUGCCAGUAAGGAAGCAGGGCCCAAGUCAUCAGGGCCCGGACCUGGGCCUGGGCCUGGGCCUGGGCCUGGGCCUGGACCUGGGCCUGGAUCUGGGCCUGGAUCUCCUGGGCCAGGACCUGGGGCUCUUGGUCGACCAGCAGGGGCACCUAGUCCAAAGCAAAGUAAGGCAGAACACCAGACUGCUCCCAAGGCUGUCCCCAAGCCAAAGGAAGUGCCGAAGGAAAAGGUCAAAUGCCCACUGUGCCAGGCCGAACUCAAUGUGGGCUCCCGGGAGCCAUCCAACUACAAUACAUGUACCACCUGCAAGCUGCAAGUGUGCAACCUGUGUGGCUUCAACCCAACUCCUCACUUGGUAGAGAAAAAUGAGUGGCUGUGUCUGAACUGCCAAACACAGAGGCUGCUGGAAGGAAGCCUUGGUGACCCGGCCCCCGUGCCCAUGUCUACCCCGAAGCAGACACCAACAAGUUCGCCACGACACCAACCCGGCCCAUCCCCUCAGAAACAGAAGGGGCCACCUGCACCAGGGCCAGGGCAGCCCACAGGACCCCCCCACACCUCUCCCAGCCUGCAGACCAAGCACCUCAGGGCAUCCGAACCCAGCAAGCCUCCAAGAGGCCCGCAGGAGAAGAAACCCAGCGGCCCAGCAGAAGCCAAACAAGUGCCGAAGCCAUCCCCUCUGCCAACCACGCUCACGGAGGCCCCGAAGACAAAGGAUGGGCCCAAGAGGGCCGAGCCACCUCUCGUGGACAGCAAGGUCAGCUCUACCACUGAGGCACCGAGAGGGAGUGAGCACGAGGACCCAAGCAAGCCUUAUUCCCAGGACCUGUCCCGGAGUCCCCAGAGCCUCAGUGAUACUGGCUACUCCUCCGAUGGGAUCUCCAGCUCCCAAAGUGAGAUCACAGGGCUCGUACAGCAGGAAGAGGAGCAGCUGAACACCGCCGGGGUGGUGAAGCCCAGCCCACCGAGCCCCUCCGAGCUCAACAAACUGGAAAGCAGCAUGCGGCCCCUCCUGGAGGCCCAGGGUGGUGCCCCGGCGGAGCAGCCCAAGGCCCGCCCCCAGCUGCGGGAGGAACCGAAGCAGAGACAGAGGCCUCGAUCCCUGUCCAUCACGCCUGAGGCUUUUGACUCUGACGAGGAACUGGAAGACAUCUUGGAGGAGGACGAAGAUUCUCUCGAGUGGGAGACCCAGAGGGACGCGAGGGAUACGGCCGAGUCGUCCGAUGACUUUGGCAGCAAGCUCCGCCACGACUACGUGGAAGACAGCAGCGAGGGCGGGCUCUCUCCCCUCCCAACGCGGUCCACGGGCAGAGAUGCCGAGGGUCCGGACGAAGACUUUAUGAGGAGGCAGAUUUUGGAGAUGAGUGCCGAGGAGGACAACCUGGAGGAGGAGGAGGAUGCCGAGUAUGACCGUGCAAAGCACAGAUCGAGGAAAGCCGGUUCCAAGCCAGGGUCGGAGCAAGGCCAGGAGCCCGCCCCACCCAAGAGGCGGCUGCCUCACAACGCCACCACGGGCUACGAGGAAGAGCUGAAGGACGUGGGUGCUCCUGAGCCCGAGGACGUGGCGGCCCUCCAGGGGGGCCUGCGCCGCUUCAAGACCAUCGAGCUCAACAGCACCAGCAACUACGGUCGAGAGAUGGAGAUGAGCCAGGAGGCGGACGUCAGCCUGGACAGGGAGCCCGAGCUGGAGAUGGAAAGCUUGACCGGGUCCCCCGAGGACCGCUCCCGAGGAGAGUAUUCUUCCACGCUGCCCGCCACCACCCCCAGCUGCACCUCGGGCACCUCUCCCACGUCCCUGUCCUCCCUCGAAGAAGACAGCGACAGCAGCCCCAGCCGCCGCCAGAGACUGGAAGAGGUCAAGCAGCAGAGGAAAGCCCGGCACCGCUCCCCCGGCCCCCUGCUCCCCACCAUCGAGGACUCCUCGGAGGAGGAGGAGCUCCGAGAGGAAGAGGAGCUGCUCCGGGAGCAGGAGAAGAUGCGGGAGGCAGAACAGCAGCGCAUCCGCAGCACGGCCCGGAAGACCAAGCGGGACAAAGAGGAGCUCAGGGCCCAGCGGAGGCGGGAGCGGUCCAAGACCCCCCCCAGCAACCUGUCCCCCAUCGAGGACGCCUCGCCCACUGAGGAGCUGCGCCAGGCGGCCGAGAUGGAGGAGCUCCACCGAUCGUCCUGCUCCGAGUACUCCCCGUCACCCUCCCUCGACUCCGAGGCCGAGGGCUUCGAGACCGGCCCCUCCGAGCUCUACAAGUCUGGGAGCGAAUGCGACCUGCCCACCUUCAUGUCCCUCUACUCCCCAACCGAGAAGACUGCCAGCGGCACCAGCUACCCUCCCGGCAAGCCCUUGAAAAGCGCCGAGGAGGCCUACGAAGAGAUGAUGAAGAAGGCCGAGCUUCUCCAGAAGCAGCGAGGGCAGCAGGCCCAGUCCAGCAGCGCCUACGGCAGCUCCCGGGGCACGGACCGAGGCCAGGGCAGCUUGGAAUACCAAUACAUUGAAGACUAUGACUAUGCGUCCGGUCAGCUGGGCUCCUCUCAGCACACCUACGAGCCUGAGGCUGCAGAUGCGGGAGCCGUGUAUGAGGAGAUCCUCCAGACGUCCCAGAGCAUCGCCAGGAUGCACCAGGCCUCCUCCCGAGACCUGGCUUUCCAGGAGGAGAAGAAGGACCGAGAGGACGCUUACCGGGAGAAGCAGUUUCUGAAUGCAGAGAGCGCUUACAGCGAGCUGAUGAGGCAGAACGGUGGUCCCCUCACCCCCGGCACCAGCCCCACCCAGCUGGCAGCCCCCAUGGCCUUCUCCUCAGACAGUGGUGGAAGCCGGCUUAUCCCCGAUGUGCGAGUCACCCAGCAUUUUGCAAAAGAACCUCAGGAUGCCCUCAAGCUUCUCAGCUCCCCGGCUUCUCCCGGCUCUGCUUUCAAGGGAGGGACAGCUCCUUUCACUUACAGCAAAGCGACCCCUUCGGUCACAACUGCAGCGUCUAGUACAGCCGGCAGACCGCGUGUUUCCACAGCCGGCCCAGAGCCUCCACUCCCCAGCACCGCAAGCUACGGCUCCCAGACUGAAGAGAUGCCCCAGGCUCAGGUCUUCUCUGAUACCGGUGGAUUCCUUGCAAGAGAGAGGUUUCAGAGCGUGAGUGACGGCAAGAUGGGUGCUCCUUUGUCAUCGAAAGGCUAUCCCGGCUUCAAGAAUGCAAGCCCACCCCUCUCCCCAGCUUCUCCGAUGGAGGGCCUUCCCUCUGCGAUUGGCAGAAUGGGGCCCAAGUCUACCGCAGAGUUCUCAACCCAGACCCACAGCCCACUUCUCCCCUCUGACGUCCCAAGGAGCCCUGUUUCCUCCACCCCAUCCUCCAUGGUCGCUCAGGGCACACAGACGCCACACCGCUCCGGCUCACCUCGCCUCACCAGGCAGCAGUCUUCUCAAGAAUCUCCCUUUAUGGUCAUCACCUUAGCCUCAGAUGCAGCCAGCCAAACCAAGCUGGUCAAUGCAAGCUCUUCCACCUCACCAGCAUCAUCUCCGACCAGACACCAAGAUACCAUUCACAGCUACAGUCAGUCAGUACAGGUCAAUGGAGCACAGUUCCAACAGGAACAGUCACUGCACAGCUUCCCCAAGGGUGAGAGAACCCCCACUUCGAGUGCCAUUGUCCCCAUGAAUGCUGCCAAGGGGCAUGUGACCCCGGUCAUGGAUGGCACAGCUGCUCUGUAUGGCUGGGGCUCCCUGCCUGCUGAAAACAUCUCCCUGUGCAGGAUCUCAUCAGUUCCUGGGACAUCCCGGGUAGAACCAGGGCCCAAACCACCAACGAGCUCCGCGGUAGACCUACGGACCGCUAUGAAAUCCACCCCAAUCAUCAUCACCGACCGAGGCGUGGACCUGACUUCCCUGGCUGCCGAGGCCAGGAAAUACUGUCUUACGUUGGACCAAUCUCCAGGACGGCAGUCCACCACAGUUCAACCUCUCAUCAUCAACCUCAAUGCCCAGGAGCACACCCACACUUUCAUUGGCACCUCCACCACUGUCAGCAUCACUGUGGCUUCCUCCAUGCUCGUGUCUCAGCCAAAGCAACCUGUGGUCUAUGGGGACCCUUUCCAGAACCGACUGGACUUUGGACAAGGGACAGGAAGUCCCGUGUGUCUGACCCAGGUCAAACACGUGGAACAGGCUGUGCAGACUGGUCCUUACCAAGGAGGGCCCCGUGGAAAGCCCAAAGAACCUAGCAGUCCCCAGCAAACCAAAUUCGCUCGGUAUAACUUGCCCAACCAGAUGGCACCUUUGGUUAAAAAAGAUAUUCUUGUCACUCAGAUGAGCGCCACACAGAACGUUAGCAUCAAGCCAUACCCCGCAGAGCCGAGUUCCGAUGCGUACCGGGGUGCACCUGCAGAGCUCAAAGCUCACAGUGUGCCCACACACGUUGGUGGGAAGAAACCUCACAUGAUGAUGGUGCAGCUGGAUGACAUGACGGCUGGUGCAGUGACCAAGCUGGUCAAAGAAGAACCUACCAGUGCUUUAGACCUCACUGGGAUCAAACCUGAGAGUCAAGUGGCUUGCUGUGAUGUAGUCUACAAAUUCCCCUUCAGCAGCAGCUGUACUGGGACUUUCCAUCCCUCCUCUAAGAUGCCCGAGAAAAAUGUAGUGGACACAGCCCAGCCCAGCCAGAGCAGCCUUCCAUUUUAUGGGCCCCGGGAGCCAGACCUUCCUGAGCCGUCUCCAUACAGGGAACAGGCCGCAGCGGGUCCCAGGCUCUACGAGGAGCAGAAACUGUAUUCUCAUGGCCUCGUGGGAAGGCUCUACUCGUCCAUGUCUGACACCAACCUGGCCGAGGCCGGGCUGAGUUAUUACCCACACAAAAGUGACCAAUUCUUCCACUCCCCUGGGGGAGACUCAGCUAUGGACCUCACAACCAUGAAGCACUCCUACAGCAUCGGCUUCGACGGCCGCUACCUGCCCCAGGGAAUGCAGUACGGCUCCUUCACAGACCUGAGACAAGCCCCAGACCUUAUGGGCCACCCACUCCCCAUGAGAAGGUAUAGCUCAGCAUCGAACAUCUACUCUGAUUAUCGAUACUCGCCGCGAGGGGACCUGUCGGGCUUCCAGGAAUCCAGCCUGGCUCAGUAUAGCGCAACUACAGCCCGGGAGAUCAGCCGCAUGUGUGCUGCUCUCAACUCCAUGGACCAGUACGGGGGACGGCACAGCAGCAGCCCGGAGCUCUUGCAGUAUGGCCCCAGGCCUGGGCCUGGGCCUGGGCCUGGAGCCAGCGCCCAGCAGGGCCUGGCAGCCAUCAAGGCCAACAUGAUGAUGAACCCAAACUUCCCUGAAGGCCGGCAGAGCUUUGGGAAGCUGGCCCAGUACGGUCCUGCCGCCGGGCAGGGAGGAGGGGCCAUCAGGCAGCUUUUCCCUUCCACAGCGACUGUGCGUGCAGCUGACGGGAUGAUUUAUUCUACUAUCAACACGCCAAUUGCCUCAACUCUUCCCAUCACCACCCAGCCAGCGUCGGUGCUUCGGCCCAUGGUCCGAGGCAUCUACAGACCCUAUGGCCCGGGUAGCAUUACCCCUGUGCCUCUUGCCAGCUUGACCCGAGUACCCGUGGUUGCCCCCCGGGUGCCCCUCAUGCCGCAGGGGCUCUAUCGAUAUCCAGCCCCAAGCAGAUUCCCAGCCAUCACAACAGCACCUGGGAUUGACGGCCCCUUGUACCUGGGGAAGGCAGGCCCAGCCACCAUGGUGGCAGCAGCCGCUGGAGGUCUACAGAGAACUGAGCAGCCACUGGGAAGCACUCGAGAAGAGCCCCCAGCAGCAGCCCCCCUGGGGUCCAAAGAGGCAGGCACAGCCCCGUCCCACCUGCCUGGCCAAAAGCAGCCUGGAGAAGCUCCUUCAGCGACCAUCUUGGGCAAAGCAGGGGGUGCCGAGAAAGAAGAGAAGGAGGAGGAGAGGCAGAGGAAGCAGCAGGAGCACCUGCUGCAGAUGGAACGCGAGCGCGUGGAGCUGGAGAAGCUGCGGCAGCUGCGGCUCCAUGAGGAGCUGGAGCGGGAGCGCGUGGAGCUGCAGCGGCAUCGGGAGAAGGAGCAGAUGCUGGUGCAGAGGGAGAUCCAGGAGCUGCAGACCAUCAAGCACCAGGUCUUGCAGCAGCAGCAGGAGGAGCGCCAGGCCCAGUUCGCCUUGCAGAGGGAGCAGCUGGCCCAGCAGCGCCUGCAGCUGGAGCAGAUCCAGCAGCUGCAGCAACAGCUGCAGCAGCAGCUGGAGGAGCAAAAGAGGCAGAAGGCUCCCUUCCCCCCGGUGUGCGACCCCUCUGGGAGAUUGCCUCCCCAAGCCGUGACGGAGAUCGCCCUAGAAAUGCAGCGCACCAUGGCCCCGAAUGGCCAGUACUGGCCCCCAAUGAAUCAGGCUUUCAUGGCCACUGCGGCCAUGGGCAUGGAGGGGACGGGGCAGCCGAGAGAGCCGGGGCCCCCGAGGCCCCUCCCCAGCUCGGCCUCGGACAUGUCUCUGCAGACGGAUGAGCGCUGGGAGGCCGGCAGGGGCCUCCAGAAGAGACACUCAAUGCCCCGCCUCCGGGAUGCCUAUGAGAUGGAGGAGGCCCACGAGCCUUACGUCGUCAAGAAGAUCGCCGACAGCAGCGUGCAGACCGACGAGGAGGACGGGGAAGAGCGGUACUUUAUGUCCCGGAGGCGCCGGACUCGGCGGAGCACGGACUGCAGCGUCCAGACGGACGACGAGGACAACGCUGAGUGGGAGCAGCCUGUCCGCCGGCGCCGCACCCGCUUCUCACGCCACUCAGAUUCAGUUUCCGACGGCAAGCACGACUCCUCCUCCGCGGCCAGGGGCAAGUCGAGUGUUGGCAUCCAAACCAUCAGUGACUGCUCAGUACAGACAGAGCCCGAUCAGCUGCUGAGGGUCUCGCCUUCCAUUCAUAUCACCACCCCGGACCCCAAAGUGGAGAUUAUCAAAUACAUUUCGGCCCCAGAGAAGACUCAGAAGGGAGAGAGCCUAGCAUGCCAGACAGAGCCGGAAGCACAGGCCCAGGGAAUUGUGGUGCCUCAGCUCCCAGGGCCGGCAGCCAUCACCCCCUACACCCCCAGCAUUCAGAUUGUCACCACUGGACCCUUGGAGCCCAGGCAGCAGGGGCUUGGGAAAUUUGAGAAGAAGAAACCGGAUCCCUUAGAAAUUGGUUACCAGUCUCAUUUGCCCACUGAGUCUCUCUCCCAGCUAGUAACCCGUCAGCCCCCCAAGUCUCCUCAGGUUCUCUACUCACCUGUCUCUCCCUUGUCCCCACACCGGCUCCUGGAAUCCUCCUUUGCUUCCAGUGAGAGAUUGAACAAGGCCCACGUAACACCACAGAAGCAUUUCACUGCCGACAGCGCCCAGCGCCAACAGACUGUGCCUCGCCCCAUGAAAACCAUGCAGAGGUCCCUGUCGGACCCCAAGCCCAUCAGCCCCACUGCCGAAGAGUCAGCCAAAGAGAGGUUCUCCCUCUAUCAGCAACAAGUCCUCCAGGGCAGUCAGAUGUCAGCAUUUCAGGCUAACACCCUCAUUCGAAAGGUGAAGCGCACGCUGCCCAGCCCCCCCCCAGAGGAGGCCCAGAUGCCUCCCCCAAGCCAAGCACAUUCCCAGAUGUACAUGGCCAGCCUCCUUCCGAAGGGCCUGGCAGGGCCUCCCGUCCAGGUGACCAAAGCCAGCCUGCUCAAGGAGCUGGACCGUGACCUCAAGCUGGUGGAGCAUGAGUCUACCAAGCUGCGGAAGAAGCAGGCCGAGCUGGAUGAAGAGGAGAAGGAGAUUGAUGCUAAGCUGAAGUACCUGGAGCUGGGGAUCACUCAGAGGAAGGGGUCCCUCAUGAAGGACCGCGUUGGCCGAGAUUACCCCUAUCUUCGGUGCCUUGGGGAAAACCGGGACUACAUGUCCGAUAGCGAGCUCAACAAUUUACGCCUCACUGGCUAUGAGAGUGGGGCCGUCCACGUGAGGCCAAGCAUGGCCCCAACCAAUCAGUACACGUCGGCCUCCUCCUACCCUCCCUAUCAGUACCCACCAGGGCAAGGUCCCCCCCCGGCCCCCACAGCCUUCCAGCAACCCCGCUUCCAGCCUCCCCAGUACCCUGUGGGCAGUGCUGGCCCCGCACAGAAUGGCUUCCAGGCCAACCAGGUACCUGCCUACCCAGCUCAGAGCGCGUACCCAGCCCCUGCUUUCCCUCCAAGUGCAGGCUACCCCCCUGAACAUGGUCUCCAGGGCCAGCAGAACUUCCGCCCCGCUCCCCACUACCAGCCCCAGACGACUUACCCGGGUCAAAUUCCCCACCCACCCCCUCAAAAUGCCCUUUUUCCAGACCCAUCUGACAGUCACGCCUCCCAUCAGAAGCCAAGGCAGACCUCACUAGCUGACUUGGAACAAAAGGUCCCUACAAACUACGAAGUGAUUGCAGCGGCCCCGACCGUAAUGUCCUCGGCGCCUUCAGAGCCCACAUACGGUGCACCAGCGGUGACCAGCAGCUAUGACCAGUACAAGGCUUCGGAGCCCCCCAGGCCCGGCGUGAGCCAGAGCCCUGGGCCCACCUACUCUUCUGAAUCACUGUACACCAACCUGGAGCAGAACAUUCCUAGGAACUAUGUAAUGAUUGACGACAUCAGCGAGCUGACCAAGGACAGCACGCCCUCGGCAGUAGAAAGCCAGAAGCCAGAGCCCCGGCCCCAAGGCAGUAACGGGCGUCACGCGAAGGACAAAAGCGACCUGGGAGAGCCCGAAGGCCCCAGUGUUUCCUGCUGUUACUCAAAAGGGGACGAAGAGUCUGAGGAAGAUGUGUAUGAUCACCACGGCACAGACCACCGCGGGAAGAGUAGCUAUCACCGGAGCUCAGACAGCAAUGGAAGGAUGUCAGCCAGUGGAGGGGGGUCCUCCUACUACUAUGGGGACAGCGACUACAGACACUCAUCUCGGCCGGAGAAACAUGGCUCCAGCAUAGGAGGGCCAAAGCACUCUUCUAAGAACCUGGCCCCGGCCGUCAUCUCGUCGAAGCGCAGCAAGCAUCGGAAACAAGGCAUGGAACAAAAGAUCUCCAAGUUCUCGCCUAUUGAAGAGGCAAAAGACGUUGAAUCUGAUCUGGCCUCCUACCCCACGACACCCUCGGUCAGCAGCAGCGUGUCCUCCAGAGGGAAGAAAUUUCAAGAUGAGAUCACCUAUGGCCUUAAGAAGAACGUGUACGAACAGCAGAAAUACUAUGGAGUGUCAAGCAGGGACCUGAUAGAGGAAGAUGACCGAGCGUACAGCAGCAGGUCCAGAUCGUCAGCUAGUUACGGCGGCGAGAAGUCCGGCCCUGACAUGAGCAGCAGAGGCAAGUCGUAUGAGCGUGAGCGAGAGAGCAUGGAGAGAUUACAGAAGGCCAGCUCGAAGCCAUCGUCCCUGAGCAUGUCCCAGAGCCGAGGGCGGCCCCCCAUGCGUAGCCAGGCUUCUGAAGAAGAAAGCCCCGUCAGUCCGUUGGGAAGGUCCGUGGGAGGACCCCGCUCUUCGGGAGGGCCGCUCCCUCCAGGGGCUGGAGACGGCUGCUCUCCAUUCUGCUCCAGUCACUCCUUGCCUGAUGUCCAGGAACACAUCAAAGAUGUGCCCAGGACCCACUCGUACAAGCACGAGGAAGGUUACAACCUGGACGAUUCCCACUGUGUGGUUUCAGACAGCGAAGCUUAUCACUUGGGUCAGGAGGAGACAGACUGGUUUGAUAAGCCCCGAGAAUCCCGUUCAGAAAGGCUCAGACAUCAUGGUGGCCACACCUCCUCCUCCUCCUCCUCCCAGAAAAGACCCCCAGUCAAACACACUUAUCAUGACUAUGAUGAGCCCCCUGAGGAGGACCUGUGGCCACAUGAUGAGGGACCACAGGGCCGCCAUUCUUCCAAAGAGCAUCGGCACCAUGGGGACUAUGGCCGGCACUCCUCGGGGUCUUCAUCUUCCCGCCACCAGGGUGAGGAGCCUUCUCGAAGGGUCUCGAAGCCACACCCCCGAGACUCCGGCCGCCACGAAGGCAGACCUCACUCACAGCCUUCUUCCCAGAAGAAGGCUCAGCAGGCCGACCCAAGGAGCCAGCCAUCCUACCCCAGCUCCCAGUCGGAAUACUCACAGCCAUCCCGCCAGUCCGCGGCCUACCACCAUCCCUCAGAGCCCAAAAAAGCUCAGCGGCCAGUGCAGUCCGGCCCCUCGGCUCAGCAACCGAAGUCUGAGCCUCUGGCCCACUCUCAGCCACAGCAGGCAAGGCAACCUCCGUCAGGACCUUCCCAGCAGCCGCCGCUGCCGCAGUCUUCCAGGCAGCAGCAGUCACGCCAACCCCCACCACAGCAGCAGCAGACGAGCCAUGGGCCACAACCGACUCAGUCUCAGACACAGCAGACACCGUCACAAGCUCGGCUGCAGCAGCAGCAGCAGCAGCAGGGGAUCCCAGGGCAGCCUUCCCGGGGCCAACAGCCCCCGGCUGGUCAGCAGGCUGGCAAGUCAGUGCCAGGCCAUCCCCCUUCAGCAGGUGCCCAGCCUGCAGGCCCGGCACCACACUCUUGUGGUGAAAGUCUGUUCCUGAACUCUGGGCUGAUUCCAGGCCUAAAUGAUCAAGGAGUGGGAGGAAGGAAAGGUAAGAAAAAGAUGUGCCCAGAAGUCAUGGUCCUAACUAAGAAAACUUUAAUAUUGCAGCUGAAAGCUGAGCAGCUGGACAGCUCCAAACCUACCGCCAAAGUGCAGCAGCAGCAGCAGCAGCAGCAGCAGCAGGGGAGGGUCCCGCACGCCCAGCCACAGGGGACCACCACUGCAGGUACAAAAGUGGGAGCAAAGCCCGGGGGAGUCCCACCAGCAUCAGGAGCCCCCAUGGGCCAGCCUGGGGCCGAUGGAGAAAGUGUGCUCUCCAAAAUCCUUCCUGGAGGGGCAGCAGAACAAGCAGGCAAACUGACUGAAGCUGUGUCUGCUUUUGGAAAGAAAUUUUCUUCAUUCUGGUGAUCCUGUGCUGUAGGAUGUUUUGGAAGAUGAAUGGAGAUAAAGUCAUUCCUGUGGAAAAACCUAUGAAGAAACUAAUGGAUUUCACCACAGCCUAGGACUCUGCGUAUAACAAUAAUCCUCACCUUAAACAAGGAACUGUCUAGAUAAAGAGGCAACUCUGGCCAGGGAGCCAUGAUGGAGUUCAGCAAGCAACCUUGAGUCUGGGAAGAGAGCCAGAGGAUGGAGUCGCAAGGAAAGGAAAGGCCUUAAUGAAGUUCCCAAAGACGGAGUUCUUAGGUUCAUGGUAUUUAGAGCUGGAAGGAAUCUGAGAGAUGGUCUUGUCCAACAUUUUACAGUAGGAGAAAUUCAGGCCCAGGUUCAGGAUUUGCCCAAGGUCACUCGGGCAGUCAGUAGCAGUGCUGGGAUUUGAACCCAGUGACCCUGACUCCAAAUCCGGUGCUCCUUCCACGCCACCACGGGAAUGUCUGGCACCCUGAAAUUGGCAGGCCUGCCUGGCACACUGGAAAUGCCUCAUCAGCCACAGAAUUAGUUGGCUUUAAAAUAAA